AUGAGCUCACUGUCGAGCCCUUUCACAAAUUUAGUAGAAUCUUCAAAUCCUUGGCAGACGAAUUACAAUGAUAACGAGGUGAAUGUUUUAAAAACGCUAAUAGACAAAGCAUGUAAAUCUGGAUAUGUCACAUUGAAAAAGUGUAUUCGAAAUCUCAGCUUACCACCAUCACAUCCUAUACGUGAAAGUCUAUGGCUAAAACUUUUAUCUGUAAAAUAUUCCACAAAUGUACAAGUUUCUGAUUCAGACAUUCAAAGCAGCAAUACUCCGCUAACAAAUGCUACAAGCAUUGAUGAUGCUACUUCUAUGGCCGGUUAUGAAUUUUCCAAUCAAAUGCUAUUGCCUACAUUCUUUUUAAAUCAACUAGGUCAAAAGUAUUUACGCACAAUUCUGCAUAGCAUUUUUAUUGAACGUCCAGAACUUGUUUAUGCACCUCAGUUAUGGCCUUUAACAGCAUUAUUUCUACACUAUAUGCCUGUUACAACUGCUCAUAAAUGUAUCCUGAUUUUACUCAAUCAACCGGGAGUUUUAAUUCAAACAAAAUCUGCUUGGAAAGAACAUUGUUUAGCCUUGGAAGAAUUGGCGUAUUUGUACAAUUUAUUACGUAGAGUGAAUAAAAAACGCAGGGAAUCAUUGGUGAUGACAACGAUGAAGACGGCGCUUGGAUUAAAUGAGAACAAUAAUAAUAAUAAUAGUAAUAAUAAUAAUAAUUCUAGUAUGUCUAAAAUAGAAGGUAUGCAACUUCAAUUGGCACGGUGGUGUCUACUACUUUGGCAGUUACCGUUUGACCAUCUUGUUUGUUUAGUGGAUAGCUUUCUACUGGAAGGUCCAAAGGUUUUUUAUCGUGCUGGCAUAGUUAUUCUUAAAGCCUCUCUAUCUGGUAAAUAUGCAGAACUUGGAAAUGUGAAUAAGUUGGGCAAGAAUAUUGAUGAUGCUGCUCAAAGUCUUGGACGCUUUGAAGACGCAUUCAAACACAUUCCACUGACACCGACAAAAUUAAAGCAGAAAAUGUUUGCAUUUCCUAAGUUUAGUCGUACAAAAAUUGCACAAGCUAUGAAAAACACUCGUUUUCAAGAGGUGAGUUUCGAUAUUGACAAAGAAUUGAUUCAAAUAUGCGAUACGAAUAAGAGAAAUACCUUCGCUGCUUACCUACUCAAUGAUAAGGAGAAAAUUAGCCAUCCAUCUGAGUGUAUAUCAAGUAAAGAAUUGGCGGCGAUAAUCACAUCGAUCGAAGAUCAUAAACUUUCACAGCUAUCUAAACCUUACUUAGUAUUCUCAUCAAAUAUAGACGGUAAUAGUUUGCGUACAUUUUAUGCUAAAGCAGGCGAGACUGACAAUCCUGCAACAAUUCUACUAAUUCGUAGUUCUUCAAAACACAGUGUCAUUGGUGCAUUCUGUUCAGAUAGAUGGCAACCGCGUGUUGAGUCAGCCUACUAUGGAAAUGGUUUAUGCUUUUUAUUUCGUAUUCAACCUGGCCCAUUAACAAUACAUCGAUGGAUUGGUUCAACAACAAACGAUCAAGCAAUCAUGAAUUCACCAAGAUAUUUGCGUUUUCAACGUGCAACAAACAACGGCAUAGAAAUUGGUGGUGGUAGUAUGAAAAAUGAUCUACCAGGGAUUAGUUUAGAUAACUGUCUUACAAUGGCAUCAAGUGGGCCAACAGAGACAUUUUCUAAUCCCUGCUUAAUUACUGAUCCAAUUGAUUUGACACAAACUGUUCAGUGUGAAAAUGGACAAAUUGGUUGUCUGUUCACUGUUGGUCUUGUGGAACUGAUCGGUUUUACGGACCUGUGA